UUGAUUUGAUUGUGAUGGCUAAGACCGGACUGAAUUUGAUAUACAUUUUACUAUUUUCCUUUGUGAUUUGUGGCAAAGGCGACGAUUUCGAUCUAGAUGAUAUUACUUCGUCCAUUUUCGAUUUUCUCAAUUUGGAAGGAACCAUAAAAGACAGCCUUCUACAGAGUGUCGUUAAUUUGAAUCUUAAUGAAAUCUAUGAAGAAGCAUCAACUUAUUCAACAUGCUUAAAAGAUUUGUCCCAUAUUCGAGAGGGAUUAUUGAAAUUUGAAGAGUUGCCAUUGAAAAUAUUGGAUUCAUGGGGAAAAAUACCGUCCGGGAUGCUCAAUGGAAAUAAAUAUGAAUUUGGUGAAUUUUUGCAGUGCCUGGAUAUCAAUGAGAGAACUGACAAGCCGUUCAAAGUGCAAUAUUGCCUGGGACAGAUAAAUUUUGAUGCUGUAGAAAUGUUAUCAAAAGCAAAAUGGAUACAAUCCGAAGUGAACUCUCUUCAAAAAGAGAUAGCAAACUCCAAAGUAUCCAAUCAAACUUAUCUUUAUGCAUUUAAUUUUGGGAUAUGCUUGCCCCGAAGUUGCACACCAACUCUACUUGAACACGGUAUCAAUGAUGUGAUUUUGAAAAAAAUUACUGAAAAAGUAUCCGUAUCAUUUUCCGAAGAUUACUGCCAAUUCGAAGAAACGCCGUCUAAUUUGACUUCACUUGAUGUGGUCACAAUCUGUGUAUUGGCACUGUUUUUGUUUUUGAUUGUGGUGAACACCUCAUAUGAUGUCAUACUUACGAUUACAAAGCGUGAAAAAUCUCAAGCAUUUUUGGCGUUUUCAUUUUAUUCGAAUGGCUUGAAGUUGUUUUCGCAGAAGAAGACAGAGUCGACGGAGGAUACGAUGCAGUUUUUACAUGGAAUACGCGUCAUAUCCACCAUGUGGAUAGUGCUUGGACAUACAUUUCUAAUGUACCUUUUUAUACCAGUUCGAAAUAGCAUGUGGUUACUCCAGUUUAAAAGUCAAUAUCACAACAUGAUCGUAGUAUCAGCGUUAGUCGCAACCGAUACAUUUUUUUUCAUCAGUGGAUUAUUAGUUUCAUAUAAAAUGUUGAAAAACCUCAAAAAACCGAAUGGAAGGAUAAAUAUUGUGCAGUUGUAUUUCCAUCGUUAUUUGCGGUUAACGCCAGUUUUGGGUUUUUCGAUUUUGUUUUCAAUGUCGUUGCUACGAUUCUUUGGCAGUGGACCAAUUUGGGGAAUAUUUCUUAACAAAAUCUAUAGUGUAUGUGCGCGCAAUUGGUGGUCUACGCUAUUGUAUAUUCAAAACUAUGUCAAUGGAGAUGAUAUGUGUGUUCCAGAAUCUUGGUAUUUGUCAGUUGACAUGCAACUUUUCGUGAUUUCACCGGCAAUUGUAUAUUUUAUUUACAAAUUCAAUGUCAAAGCGGUGGCAGUUUUAUCACUUCUAAUAUUGGGUGGCGUUGUUUGCACGGUGUUAAUUGAUGUGGAUAACAAUUUUAAGAGUUAUCUUGUACAUGUCGAUAAGUUCAAUAAAGAAUAUAUUCUAACGCACACGCGAUUUACAUCGUGGUUAUCAGGUGUCCUGACCGGAUAUUUGCUGGUUGAAACUCGAAAGAGAACUAUUCGAAUUCCGAAGUUGUUCAAUCUGUUCGCUUGGACCGUUGCUCUGGCUUUGAUGGCGACUGUAAUUUUUGCAAAUUAUCCACUUGUAAAACAAUCAUCCACUGCAACUUUGUUGGAAUAUGGACUGUAUGAUGGAUUGAGUCGUGUAUUUUGGAGUAUUUCAUUGUGUUACAUCGUAUUUGCAUGUGUACAUAAUUAUGGCGGGCCUGUCAAUUGGCUUUUAUCCCGUCCAUUUUGGCAGCCGCUUUCAAGGCUUAGCUAUUCAAUGUAUAUAUUGAAUAUACCCGUACUUUUGGUGACAAUGGUCACAUUUAAACAUCUGCCCUAUUUUACGGAGUUCUAUGCGUUUCACACUUUCAUUGGGAAUUAUGUGAUCACCGUCUUUGUAUCGAUAAUUGUCACACUCACCUUCGAAUCACCAAUUAUAGAGAUUGAAAAGCUGCUUUUUGGUACAAACAAACCUAUUCUAGAUAAUAAAAAUAACAUUAAUAAUGAAGUAAGCUUGUCAAGAGAUAAUGAGACCUACACGAGAUGCAAUGAUGACACAGUGGAAGAGAUUGUUAAAACGGACAAUUGAGGUGCAUUUUGAGGGGUUGGACUCUUUUGGUGGUCAAUUACUGUAGAGAGAUUUGACUCUCGUUUUAGUUAAGUUCUUCACUUACCGAAGAGCCAAGAUUCACUUCCAAUAGUUAAUAACCAAAUAUUUUUAACUCAAUCAAAUAAAAAAGAAAUUCGACAUUA